AUCGCAAUCGCCGCCGGGGCGGCGUGCAGCAACAAGGCUCCCCUUCGCCGCCGGCCAACUGGCGGCUCCCUCGCCGGCGAAAAUCCCACGCCUCCGGCCACUUCCUCGCCGCUCUCGACGCCACCCUCACCUGCUUCUCUGCGCCGCCGCUCGCUAGCUCUUAGCGUCAUCCGCUUGCCCGCUCACAGGCAAUGCAAGCGGAUGGACGCAGUCGGCGCGCGCGCCUCUGCGCGGACGGAUCGAAGGAGGAGUGGGUAUACCGUCGCGGGAAGACUCCCGCCCUCGUCUCUGUCGACUUUCCGAGCUCCCUGCCCUCCAUCGCGGCGAACGCCUUUGCGCGCUGCGGCUGUCUCGCCUGCAUCGCACUCGAUUGCGCCUCGCUCAAGUCCAUCGGUGAACGCGCCUUCCUCGCCACCUCGCUCAAGUCCAUCGCUCUCCCUGAAAGCCUCGUGUCCAUCGGCCGAGGCGCCUUUGCCUUCUGUCCCUCCCUCACCACCGUCGCCCUCCCUGCCGGCCUCUUAUCUGUUGGUGAGGACGCCUUCUUCCGCUGCUCCUCCCUCAAACGCGUCAUCGUGCCAACCACCGCCUCGAUUGGCAUCGGCGCCUUCCCCUCCACCACCACCGUCCUCCGCCUCCCGCCCGCCCGCAUGCGGCUCCGCCACCUCUGGCAAGGUGUGCUCGCGCACAAGCGCUGCCGCCCCGGCCUGCUCGGUUGGCUGGAGCGGGCCCAGAUACGGCUUGGCUCUUACGGCCCGGACGGCGCGGCGCGAAAGCGCGACCGCGAGCAGUUCGAGUGCGAUUUUGCGCUCGCCGCGGGCUCUUGAAGGAUCGACUGAGUGUCAUGAGUACUCUUUUGACCGACGCCGGAGGUCGUGGCAGCCGGGAGUGGCCGAGUCCAGAGAGAUAACGAUAAGGUAAGGUAAGGUAAACGUC